CUUUCAAGAAGACUGUGUUCAUUUUCAGGAUGGGGGCUGGGGGGCUCUGAGAGCAUUUUUCAUCAUUUAAAGCACCAAGGAGGGAAGCCAGAGUGAGAGAGGUGCAGCUGAGAGAGACAGCCUCUAAGAGCUGUGAAGCAGAAGUGAUGGAUUCAGCCCGCAGAAAAGUGACAGUCUUCCCCUAACGGGCCACAGGCAGUCCACAACCAGCCCUGGACUAACACGCGUUACUGGGAAAUUACCUCCACCAUCAAACUAAAGGUACCACUUGUCUCCUCACAGACUUUUCAGGAGGAUUUUGGAACAACUCAGAGCAGUUUUCUGGGAGAUUGGGGCUUCUGUUGGGCAAAUGACACCUUUAGUAACAUUUUAAAGCACUACUGCUUCUCUGCUGUUGGAAUGGACUGAAGUGAUAAAAAAAUUGAGUGUGUGGACAGGAAAGGAAAACGCAACUUUCCCACCUGGGAUGACUUUUCACCAAGAGAAACUUCCAACAGCUCUGGCGGGAGGGCAAGGCAUCUAAAGGAGUCUCGUCAAAGUUAUCUUGUUUUGGUGGGUUGGGCACUAACUCAUGGAGCCCUCUUCAAGAGUCCUGCUUGGGGUCCUUCUGGUGUGUGGACUAGCCUGUUGUGUCCAGCAGAGCCAGGGAAGCAUUAACCAUGGAGGGAGCAAGACCCAAGUGUUUGGGAGUAGUGAGGAUGAUAUAGAAGGAGAGUUUCUCUAUGCUGGAAGGAGCAAACGAGCUCCUGCUGACCAGCCACAGGGCAAAUGUUCCUACACCUUCAUUGUGCCUCAGCAAAAAGUAACUGGAGCCAUUUGUGUGAACUCUAAGGAACCAGAGGCAAUGCUGGAGAACCGUGUCCAGAAACAGGAGUUAGAGCUGCUAAAUGUGGAGCUACAGAAACAGAAGAAGCAGAUCGAGACUUUACAGCAACUGGUAGAGGUGGAUGGAGGUAUUGUCAAUGAAGUGAAGCUUCUGAGGAAGGAGAGCAGAAACAUGAACUCAAGGGUCACUCAGCUCUACAUGCAGCUUCUCCAUGAGAUUAUCAGAAAAAGAGACAAUGCUCUGGAAUUGGCACAGAUGGAGAACAAGAUCCUAAACCAAACCUCUGAAAUGCAGCAGCUCACCAGUCGAUACAAAGACCUUGACCAUAAAUACCAGCAUUUAGCCUCUUUAGCCUCAAAUCAGUCUGCUCUUAUUGCCAUGCUGGAGGAGCAGUGCCAGACGCGGCCCCCUCAUCGUUAUGUUCCGGUCUCACAGCCACGGCCUCAGCCACCUCCUCCCUCCCCGCCUCUAAACAAGCCUUACCCACCACCGGUCCUGCCACGUAACAACAACCCAAUCAGCAAUGAGAUCCAGAAUGACCAAAAGUCUCUUCUCCAACCAAUGCCCACUGGUACACACAGCCCCUCCACCACAGACAAGCCUUCAGGCCCCUUCAAGGAUUGCCUGCAGGCUCUGGAAGAUGGCCACACUGCGAGCAGCAUGUAUCUGGUGAAGCCAGAAAACGCCAACCGCCUCAUGCAGGUGUGGUGUGACCAAAGACACGAUCCAGGUGGCUGGACUGUUAUCCAGAGGAGGGUGGAUGGCUCCGUCAACUUUUUUAGGAACUGGGAGACGUACAAGCAAGGGUUUGGCAACAUCGAUGGUGAGUACUGGCUCGGUCUGGAAAACAUCUACUGGCUGACAAAUCAGGCAACCUACAAGCUGCUGAUCACACUGGAGGACUGGAGCGGCAGGAAGAUGUUUGCUGAGUACGCCAGCUUCAGAGUGGAGUCCGAAGCUGAUUUCUACAAAUUAAGAGUGGGUCGCUAUCAUGGCAACGCUGGGGACUCUCUCACCUGGCACAAUGGCAAACAGUUCACAACACUAGAUAGAGAUCACGAUGCAUACACAGGAAACUGUGCCCACUACCAGAAAGGAGGCUGGUGGUACAACUCAUGUGCUCAUUCAAAUCUGAAUGGAGUUUGGUACAGAGGAGGACACUACCGCAGCCGCUACCAGGACGGGGUCUACUGGGCUGAGUUCAGGGGAGGAGCCUAUUCACUAAAGAAAGUAGUCAUGAUGAUUCGUCCUAACCCCAACUCUUUCCUCUAAGGAACAGGAACCCAUACUGUACUGCAUUUAAAUAUUGUUUUUAAAAUGAGGCGGUACCACAACAAGAUGAUGCUGAAAGUGCAGUUUAGAAAUGCCAAACACUCCUUAUUGACACAUCUGAGACAUGCUUCAGGAUUUUUUAACAGGAAUUUCAAGCUGUCAUUUAAAUAGUUCCUCAUUUAUUAUAAAUAUAUACAGUGAGUCACAAGCAAACAAGUCUGACACAGGAAAUGUAUCCGGUGACUAUCUUUUGAUUUCAAGCUAAAUGCUUUAUGAAUAUAUUUUACUUUAAAUCCAGUUUUCACAUUUUGGUUCAUUCACAUCAAAAAUCCCAGUGAAUCUUGAUUCACCACUAAAGCAAAAAGAGAACAAAUAUUCAUAAAUAUUACCAGUUUCUAAAUUUUUAUCUAAAAAAGGUGAAAUAAGUGUCUUAACAUUUUAAAAAGGUACGUUUUCUUCCUUCUUUUUUUUUUAAUGAAACAUUUGAAACCGAGUUGCUUACAUAAACCAGGCGCUGUAAUUACUGUAUAAAUGUAUUGGUUUGUUGAUGUCGACAGAUCCAACUAAGUUUGUACAUAUGAUAUUUGUAAAAUAAUGUAUGAAAAAUGAUGCCACAUCACAUUGCAAUAAAAUAUGUACAGUUCUC